AUGCCCGGCUGGCGGCUGCCAAGCCGGGCCUGUCGGCUGUGGGCCUGUGGCCUCGUGCCCUCGUCGCUGGCUCUCUCAGAUUUGGCUGGAUGGCCGGCGGCAUGUUUUCAGGGUCACCGACGCGUGGGGCCGACCACUAGCGGGGUCCAUGUGUCAGAUAUACGGCGUGGCAUUAUACCCCGUGCCGCUUGGAAAUCGCUUUGUCUUCGCUCUCUUUCCACCCGCACCGCAGCCUUUUAUUAUGCGAAACUACCACGAACCACGUCUCCGUCGUCUCACAGAACAGCCUCUUUUUGCCUCGGUGGCUUGUGCUCUGCGUGCUCUAGGGUUUUCCGCCAUGUCCACGCGCGGCGGCGGAGGGGGCCGGUGCGGAGGCCGGGGCGAACAAGGAGGAGGCCGUGGAGGCGGGAGCGGCGCAGCCGGUGGUGGCCGAGGGCGCGGCCAGGGCGCCGCGGACCUCGGAGGACUCCGCGAGGACACGCGCGGGGGGCCGGGCGUGGCGAUCGCGGCGGGGCCACGGCGCCAGGUGCCGCCCAGAGAGGCGGCCAUGGCCAGCCCCCGGCCCCGCAUCUGGCGGCCGGGCCCGGGCGUGGUGGCUACUCCGGAGUGCCUCAGCAGGGGCGCGGCCAGCAGGUGACUGCGCCGGUGCCGGUGCCCUUCUCGGUGCCGACCCCGGCGGAGGUUGAGGCGAUGAGGCGCCAGGUGGAGAGAAAGGUGGUGGUGGCCGAGGCGCAGGCGGGGCCGCGCCAGGGCCUGUCGUCCUCACAAGCACCGGCGCCGAGACCGGCAAUGCAAGGUAAGGCGCCCAGUCAGUUGGCACCUGCAGGGAGCCCGUUGUCGUUCCCAGGGCAGUCUCCGGCGUCCUUUCAGGCGCCUGCGGUGCGACCGGCCGUGCAGGGGAAGCCGCCGGGUCAGGUCACACCGGCAGCGAGCCCAUCGUCGUUCCCAGCGCUGGCGCCGGUUCAGGGCCCUACACCCGGGCGACCUGCCAUGCAACAAGGGAAGCCGCCGGGUCAGGUCGCACCGGCAGCGAGCCCAUCGUCGUUCCCAGCGCUGGCGCCGGUUCAGGGCCCUACGCCCGGGCGACCUGCCAUGCAACAAGGGAAGCCGCCGGGUCAGGUCGCACCGGCAGUGCCCCCAUCGUCGCUCCCAGCGCCGGUUCAGGGCCCUGCGCCCGGCGGGCGACAGGCCAUGCAAGUGAGGUCGCCGGGUCAGGUCGCACCGGCAGUGCGCCCAUCGUCGUCGCUCCCAGCGCCGGCUCCGGUUCAGGGCCCUACGCCCGGGCGACCGGCCAUGCAAGUGAGGCCGCCGGGUCAGGUCGCACCGGCAGCGAGCCCAUCGUCGCUCCCAGCACCGGCGCCGGUUCAGGGCCCUGUGCCCGGGCGACCGGCCAUGCAAGUGAGGCCGCCGGGUCAGGUCGCACCGGCAGUGCGCCCAUCGUCGUCGCUUCCAGCGCCGGCGCCGGUUCAGGGCCCUACGCCCGGGCGACCGGCCAUGCAAGUGAGGCCGUCGGGUCAGGUCGCACCAGCAGCGAGCCCAUCGUCGCUCCCAGCACCGGCGCCGGUUCAGGGCCCUGUGCCCGGGCGACCGGCCAUGCAAGUGAGGCCGCCGGGUCAGGUCGCGCCGGCAUCGGGACCCCAGAUGCAAGGGAAGGCGCCGGCCGGUCAAGUGGCGCUUUCGGCGCCUGCAGGUACGCUGCCUCCGGCUUCGAGCAAGGCGAUGGUGUUCCCUGCGCGGCCGGGGUACGGAACCGUCGGGCGGAGGUGCCGGGUGCGCGCCAAUCAUGUCCAUGUCCAGCUCGCUGACACGGAUAUCUACCACUACGAUGUGGCAAUCACACCAGAAUCGGUGUCACGGGCAAGAAAUAGAUGGAUCAUCAACGAGCUCGUUAGCUUGCACAAGCAACACUUGGACGGGCGGCUUCCUGUUUAUGAUGGAAGAAAAAGCCUAUUCACGGCAGGUCCACUGCCAUUCAAAUCCAAAGAGUUUGUACUCAACCUAACAGACCCUGAGAGAGCAAGCCAGGGCGAGAAAGAGUACAGGGUGGCAAUCAAGGAUGCUGCAAAAAUUGAUAUGUACAGCCUUAAUAUGUUCUUGGCUGGCAGGAAUCGGGAUCUGCCACAAAACACUAUCCAGGCUCUGGAUAUUGCUUUGAGAGAAUUCCCAACUGCUAGGUACACAUCGAUCUCAAAAUCGUUUUUCUCACCACAAGCAUUUGGAAAGGGUGUGCCUCUAGGAAAUGGUGUGGAAUGCUGGAGGGGUUAUUACCAGAGCCUACGCCCUACACAGAUGGGGUUGUCCCUUAAUAUAGAUGUUUCUGCAACGUCAUUUUUCAAGGCUCAACCUGUUAUUGACUUCGCAGUGGAGUAUCUGAACCUCCAUGAUACUUCAAGGCGUUUGUCUGAUCAGGAUCGCAUAAAACUGAAGAAAGCACUUGAGGGGGUCCGGGUUGCAACCAAGCAUAGACAUGAUAUAUCCAUACGCUACAGGAUUACAGGGCUAACCUCGGCUCCAUUAAAUGAUUUGACGUUUGAUCAAGAUGGCACAAGGGUGUCAGUUGUGCAGUACUUCAAACGACAAUAUGACUACUCAUUAAAAUACACUCACUGGCCAUGCCUUCAAGCUGGCAGUGCUAGCAAGCAGAUCUAUUUACCUAUAGAGGUUUGCAGCAUAGUUGAGGGACAACGCUACUCGAGUAAGCUGAAUGAGAAUCAAGUCAGGAAUAUCCUGAGGUUGGCCUGUGAGCGACCAUCAGAGAGGGAGAGUAGAACUUUUGAGGUAUUCAGUAGGAACAACUCUGAUGAUUCUUAUGCAAAAGAAUUUGGCCUUAAGGUGAUGAACCAACUUACAUUGGUUGAUGCUCGAGUGCUCCCAGCUCCAAGGCUUAAAUACCAUGACUCUGGAAGAGAGAAGGUUUGCAACCCUUCCAUCGGACAAUGGAACAUGAUUAACAAGAGAAUGGUUAAUGGAGGAUCUAUCAAAUAUUGGGCAUGCAUAACUUUUGCCUCUCGUUUGCAUCCAAAUGAUAUUGCGAUGUUUUGCGAGCAUCUUGUUGGCAUGUGCAAUAACAUUGGCAUGCAAAUGAGUACCAGACCAUGUGUAGAAAUCAAGAAAGCACACCAAGACAAUUUAGAAGCCGAAAUCAGGGGUAUCCAUUUGCGUUCUGCACAAGUGCUUGCUCAACAAGGUCUAACAGAUCAACAACUUGAGUUACUCAUCAUAAUUUUGCCUGAUAUGAGUGGUUUUUAUGGAAGGAUAAAACGACUUUGUGAAACUGAGCUUGGUUUAAUCACUCAGUGUUGUGCACCUAAGAAUGUAAGGAAAGGAGGAAAUCAGUAUCUUGAAAAUCUUUCCUUGAAAAUCAACGUAAAGGUUGGUGGGAGGAACACAGUACUUGACGAUGCUUUAAACCGGAGAAUACCGCUUCUGACAGAUUGUCCUACAAUAGUCUUUGGAGCUGAUGUUACCCACCCAUCUCCUGGGGAAAGUUCAUCUCCAUCUAUUGCAGCAGUCGUUGCAUCCAUGGACUGGCCACAAGUUACAAAGUACAAAUGCUUGGUAUCUUCACAAGGUCAUAGGGUUGAAAUUAUAAAUGGUCUUUAUACAGAAGUGAGAGAUCCACAGAAGGGCACUGUUAGAGGUGGAAUGAUUAGAGAUUUGCUUGUGUCAUUCCACAAGUCAACUGGCUACAAGCCUUCGAGGAUUAUAUUCUAUCGUGAUGGUGUUAGUGAGGGGCAGUUCAGCCAAGUCUUGCUUUAUGAAAUGGAUGCAAUUCGGAAGGCAUGUGCAAGUUUACAGGAGGGGUACCAACCAAGAGUGACAUUCGUUGUUGUGCAAAAGCGGCAUCAUACCCGCCUGUUUCCUGAAAAUCACCGUGCACGAGACCAGACAGACAGGAGUGGAAACAUCCUGCCUGGAACUGUUGUUGAUACGAAGAUCUGCCACCCCAGCGAGUUCGAUUUUUACCUCUGUAGCCAUUCUGGUAUUCAGGGAACAAGCCGCCCAGCUCAUUAUCAUGUUCUUAUGGACGAAAAUGGUUUCAGUGCUGAUGCACUGCAAACCUUGACUUAUAAUCUUUGCUACACCUAUGCCCGGUGCACUCGUUCAGUCUCUAUAGUUCCUCCGGCAUACUACGCACACCUGGGUGCGUUCCGUGCCCGUUACUACAUUGAGGACGACAAUUCUGAUCAGGGCUCAUCAACGGGGGCAACUCGGACGUUUGAUCAAUCUGUGCCAGUGAAGCAACUCCCCAAGGUCAAGGAGUACGUUCAGCAGUUCAUGUUCUAUUGCUAA